AUGACCGUCCAAGCGCUGCUGGAGUGGCGGGCAUGCUGGAUUAGGCGCUGGGAAAUGGAACUGGACAAGAGGCCUGGCACGCAUGGUGGCCUGGACCUGGGUAAGGGGUCGGUGAAGAAGAAGAAGACGGGGGAGCUCGCGAUGGUGGCACUGGUGGUCGCUGUGCCGGGGUCCAUGGUAGUGACGAACCUGGCCGGUGACGGGGCGAACAACGGGGUGACGGAGAUGGAGGGGGUUGAUGGUGGAUGA